AACGUAAUUUGCCGUUUAGUAACGCGAGGGAAAAAGAUACACUACACAGAAACACAGUGCAACCAUUUCCCAGUUCAGUUUUCAACUACAGUUUCAAUUCAGCAUUUCGUCUUGCUCAAAUUCCACAUUCAAGUUAUCUGAGAUUCCAAAGAAGAUUCUGAGAGAUGGAGAUCGAGCUCAAUAACUUGAUCGCCGAUCUUCAAUCUCUCAAUCAAUCCCUUCCAGAUCCAUCUCUUCGUGAUGCAUUCCAUAAGAUUCAAUCACGCGUUGAGCAUAUUGCUGAUCUUGUUAGGGCUGAACCUGUUCGCCGGACGAAAGUUAAGGAUAUGAGUGCUGAGGUUGUUGACAGCAAUCCGUACAGUCGGCUUAUGGCGCUUCAGAGAAUGGGAAUUGUGGAGAAUUAUGAGCGGAUACGGAAUUUCUCCAUUGCCAUAGUUGGAAUAGGUGGUGUAGGAAGUGUAGCUGCUGAGAUGCUGACAAGAUGUGGUAUUGGGCGGCUUUUGUUGUAUGAUUAUGACAAAGUGGAACUUGCAAACAUGAAUAGGCUCUUCUUUCGUCCUGAUCAAGUUGGUAUGACAAAGACAGAUGCAGCUGUACAAACACUUUCAGAUAUAAACCCUGAUGUUGUGCUUGAGAGCUAUACACUGAAUAUCACAACAGUUGAUGGUUUUGAAACCUUUAUGUCAUCUUUGAAAAAUAAGUCAUUUUGUCCUGAUAAACAAGGUAGCGGUAUAGAUCUUGUCUUAAGCUGUGUAGAUAAUUAUGAAGCAAGAAUGGCUGUUAACCAGGCUUGUAAUGAACUGAGCCAGACAUGGUUGGAGUCGGGUGUUUCCGAGGAUGCCGUUUCUGGUCAUAUUCAGCUACUUAUUCCUGGCGAAACUGCCUGUUUUGCAUGCGCUCCUCCUCUUGUUGUAGCAUCGGGGAUUGAUGAGCGUACACUCAAGCGUGAAGGGGUUUGUGCUGCAUCUUUACCAACCACCAUGGGGGUUGUUGCUGGGCUUCUUGUCCAGAACACACUAAAAUUCUUGUUAGGUUUUGGUCAAGUCUCUCCUUAUUUGGGAUAUAACUCUCUUAAGGAUUUUUUCCCAACUAUGCAAAUGAAGCCAAACCCUCAAUGUUCAAAUGCAGCUUGUUUAAAAAGACAGGGAGAGUACAUUCUUGCAAAGCCAGAAAGAGAUGCUGCAGCAAAAGCAAAAAAGGAGGCUGAAGGACCAUCAGUUGAAGAAGGUCCACUGCACGAUGAUAACGAAUGGAAUAUAAGUGUCGUUGAUGACUGUGAGCCUGAUGGUACCAAUACCAAAAGUUCAGAUGCCCUUCCUGAAGGUCUCACUCAUGAACUUCCUACUGCGGAUGAAUUUCAGAACCUAGUUACUCCCGAAGCUCCAACCAAUGACAAUGAUGACCUUGAUGAACUACGAAGGCAACUUGAAGCCAUUAAUUCUGCAUAGUGUCGCCGAUUAUAGUUUUUUCAAAUUACUUGCAGAAAAACUUUUGGAUUUUAAUACUUCAGGCAAUCAGGAUUAACUUAAAUAUUUUGGAUUCAUCUCUUUUAUUUGGCAGUUUUGCUUUGUUUAGUUAAUUGACCUCUUUGAAGUGAUAUACUAGUUCAGUUCACAUUUUAAAACUAUUUGGCCAUAUUAUUGAUAACUACUAGGAAACAUGCAAUCUUCACCAAAGAAACUAGGAAGCAUGCAAUUUGGCAUUUAAACUUUUUCAUUGAAGCUUAUUGAAUAUUUCUAUGCAA